GCCUCCGGGCGAAAUAAAUUCCAUCCAUCCAUCCAUUCAUCCAUCCGUCGUUGAGGCUCGUCAAUGGUCGUGAUGCUACGCGGAGGUCGGAUUCGAAGUGGCAUACAACGCUGCGGGUUACAACGUGCCGGGCGAUUACGAGCCGCAAGUCUUCCUUCAAAAUCCAGUGUUUGUAUAAUACUUUGUUCUCUGAGGGUUAGCCACUUAUCCUACCGCCAAGCACACGACGAGGACAAAAGCCCUGCGCGGCAGAGAGCUAUAGGUGCCGGGAAUGACAUGGACGGAGUAGGAUAUAGCGAUACCCUGACAAACAGUACAAUGGCAAUAUAACCGAAAGAAAUGCAGUUUUUCAAGAUUCGGAAGUUCAGUUUCUCCCAAUUCGUUGCGAUGGUUAGAAUCGGAAUCGAAAGCGC